AUGUUCCUUUCAAAUGCAUGCUUGCUGUUUCAAUUGUAUGCAGGCAGUUCUGACCCCGUCCGACCUCUCCCCAGUGGGGGUGAUGGUGGACUUUUCGACACCUGCGCUACACCAACGCUUGCUUAUUCGACUGGGCUGUUUGCAGUACCCACUCUAGGCAAGGUUUUUUUUGGUGCUGCUUCAACCGGCACAAGCGGCAGCACAGUUGGCAGCGGCGGACUGUUCGGCUCUGCUUCUAAUACUUUUGUGUCUAAUGUUUUCGGCCUAUUAGGUUCCUCGACAGGUGCUUCUUCUUCCGGUGAUCUAUUCAGUUCCACUGACUCGGUCAGUGAGGGCCUGGUUGGUGCUGCCAGUGGCUUCGGUAGUCCAGCGACUUUUGGUUCUGUCAAUGCCGCGCAGGCCAAUCCCCUCAUAUUCCCGAUUCCUAGUUCACCCUCCGCUUACACUGGCAGUGUUGGCUUCCCGCCGGUGUCUAGACAGUCUACUUCGUUUGGUUCUUCGGAUGCUGGUGGUCUCUCCUUAGGGUACGUAUGUUUUUCCCAUGCCCUGUCGAGUUCAGCGUUUGUUGAGAUUUGCAACCUAGUUAUAUUAACCUUAACAAAUUAA